GCAGCUUAAUUGCCAAGCGAGACGUUCUGAGAGUUGGCAUUCUAAACAGUUGCGAUCGAUGGCGGCCGGAGGGAGGUGGGGGCACAGCGACAACCCGUUCGAGGAGGUCGAGAUAGAUCAGGUCAACCCCUUCUCGCACCCACGUCCAACUCCACUCCCUCAUGAACCUGUUGCCUUCUACAAUGACCCUGGUGCAUCCGUGGAUCCUCUUGAUAGUAAAAAGGGCCUGAAGAAAAAGGAGAGAGAACUAUUGGCUAAAGAGGCUGAGCUAAACAAGAGAGAACAGGAACUAAAAAGAAGGGAAGAAGCACUUGCAAGAGCUGGAGUUUUUAUAGAGCCAAAAAACUGGCCUCCAUUCUUCCCCGUCAUUCAUGUUGAUAUCUCAAAUGACAUACCCGUGCACUUGCAGCGAGUGCAGUAUGUCGCUUUUGCAUCACUCCUAGGGUUGGUGAUAUGCCUCUUCUGGAACAUAAUAUGUGUCAGUGCUAUUGCGAUUAUGUGGGGCGACCCUAGGGCCUGGUUUCUGGCUGCCAUAUACUUCAUUACAGGAUGCCCAGGUGCCUAUUUUUCAUGGUACCGGCCUCUUUAUCGUGCCAUGAGGAAAGAAAGUGCUUUCAGAUAUGGGUGGUUCUUCCUGUUCUACUUUUUCCAUAUAUCUUUCUGCAUCUAUGCAGCCAUUUCUCCAUCAAUUUUUUUCGUUGGAAGAUCAUUGACGGGAAUUUUUCAAGCGAUCAACGUGAUAGGCUACAAUGGUGCAGUCGGGAUAUUAUUCUUCCUGGGUUUCGCGAUGUUCGUCCUUGAGACGUUGCUGAGCAUAUGGGUCAUGCAGAAAGUAUAUUGGUAUUUCCGCGGGAAAGGGAAGGAGGCCGAGAUGAGGCCUGAUGCUGCAGCAGGCGGCUCACGGUUCUGACGACAUAGCAACCCUGAACCUGAAGCUGCAGCUAAGGAUAGACAAGAUCAAGCUUGAAAUUGUUGUGAAGUUGUAAGUGGAUUUGUUGGAUUGUUGUGGACUUGUGGUUGAUGGAAGUGCAAGAACUGAUGAUGUACUUAUAGAUCAGAAUUGUUUCACUUGUCACUCACAUAGAUAUUUUGUUUGCUCAACUUACUUUCCUUGUCUGAUAGUCUGAAACUACAGUUCCUAGAAAAGAAAGUAGAAGCCCAAUCUGUGCCUUGUUCAGAUGCUAGCUAGUAGUAGCUGCUACAGAGAAAAUCUUUCGGCAAGCAUAUACUACUCCAUCCAAAAAAAAAAACAUUUCUAGCAACGAACUAUAUCCAGGUUCAUAGGUAAGAUAGUUUUUUUUUAGGGAGGGGGUAUGUUGUUGCAUCACGCAUAUAUAUACUUUCUGUCUUUCUUGACAUCAUGUCGCAAUCCAAUGGAAAGAACAGAUACGGGGAAGGCCGUUCUCGCAAAAUUUCAGCUAUGAACUCGCGAAAUCUUGCAACAUGGAUGAAAUUUUGCGAAUAUCUAGUAAAGUGUGUAAUGUAGAAACGUACGCGGUCGCUGUCAGGGUGGCGUAGAGGGGGCGGCAAAGUGAGAGAAAAACAUUAGGCCGAGUCUGAGUCGUUGCAAGGCUGAGGUGUUUGACGGCAACAAAAAAAGUAAACACGACGGGCUGAGCCUGAGCCUGCCAAAUCCACGCGGAGUCCGCUAAAAUUUUUCCACUGGUUCUAGAUGAUCGCCAUCGAUGAUGCAACGACCAACUGCUUCCUCUGCGGAAUAGCUGAAUAAAUUCAGAGUUCAGGUCCAUCUAGGCUGCUGCUGCUGCUCUUCGUCUUUGCUGACCUCGGCACAGGCAGAGAGAGAAGCCAAGAAAA